AUGGGAGACGUAAUUGUGUAUUUUCCCUUGGAUAAUACUGAAAAAUGGUGUCAGGAUUAUUUUCUGAAUUGUUCUGCAUUAAGAAUGGCAGAGGCCAUUAAAACGGAAUUGGAUGACAGUGUGAGAGAAACUGAACUUCCUAUUUCAGCACCGACUUUGGGACUGAAAGAAAAUGUACUGAACACAAAACAAGCCCUCUUAUCUGGCUACUUUAUGCAAGUAAGGAGAACAUUUGGAUAAUCAGGAAACUACACAACACUGUGACAUAGGCAUGUAGCUCAGCUUCACCCUUUGUCAAUAUACUAA